CCAUCUUUUCUCCAUCUCAAGCUCGUCAGUGCAUCCAAACACGACUGAGAGCUCAUCUUGUUAGCAUUAGUCAAGUUGACUGGUCUCUACUGGCCGGUCGCGAACAAAGACAAACCAAGAGAAGAGUCAAAAUCGCCGCAAGAAUUGGCGACUUUCUCCGAGGACAUCCAUCACCAGCGUACGAGGAGCCGCGUAGACUUGUCGAGAUACCUCAUCAAGAAGCCAUACUCAUAUAAGCGCCGUAUCAAUUUCUCACUGUCCGAAUGUUUGCGGACACCUAGUUAUUACAACGCAAACUCCGACGACCGAACAUGCACACUCGUCUCGACCGUGACUUUUACAAUGAUGUUUGCAACGAAAAGACAUGAGGGACAUUCCCAUGGUCUUUCGAAGGACAAUCAACAAGUUGCUGUAUCAUUUCUAUGUGUUGUUUUGGCGUUGGUCUUGCUGAAGGCAUGCUUCCGGGCGCUAGGAUGGUACAUCGCUCGUCAACGCUUGAGUAUUGGAGACUUGGAACUCCCUGAGAUUAGUCCGACGUUGUCCUCCAUUCAUAAUUUGCUUGGACGGACUCAAGCAUUCGCUACCGGCGUUGGAUCACUCUCAAUUCCGCCAUCUCUCGAUAUCUCAUGGAUCCAGUAUUCCCGAUUCUCUUCUGGAAAGAUUUUUCUCCUCGCGACAUACGCGACUGUCAUUGGUUUCAUGAUCAGAGUCAUCCGUACACCCACAUCAUCGACCCAUUUCAUCGAGGACAUCGCCUUCCGCGCCGGAUGGGUUUCCAUCACCCAAAUUCCGCUAAUCUACCUCCUCGCUACCAAGUUUGGCCCUCUCAAUACCCUCGCGGGGUUCUCAUACGAGAGAAUCAACUGGGCGCAUCGCUGGAUCGGCCGAAUACUGUUCAUCUGCACCACCGUGCAUAUGGGCUAUUUCUUCUCCCUGUGGAUAUCAUAUGGCGUAGUCCGGACUGAGUUAAACAUGAUGAAGGUAGUAAGACACGGGCUUGGUGCGUAUGGUGUCUUGGUGUGGAUUGCGGUUACGAGUAUGCUUCCUCUCAGACGCUGGGCUUACAAAUGGUUCUACCUCAAUCAUUUAGUAUCGACCACGGCAUUCCUUUGCCUGCUUUGGCUGCAUAUCCCGAAGCAUGCCCGAUACAACAUCUAUCUGUCAUUGAUGAUCAUCGGCUUCGAUAUACUCUUCCGAAUGAUGAACGUAGUUCGCAACAACUUUCAAUUUGCGGGUUGGAGAAGCGGAUAUGCGGCGAUCUCGUCUGAACUUGAGGACAAGGAUCAUGCGAGCGGAGGUGUCUCAUUCGGUCAUCUUGCCGAAGUGGAGACUUAUUCAGAUACUGAUUAUUCUCUCGUACAUGGACAGGGUACGAUCACACAUCUCCGUCUCCGUGAACUGCCCUUCAGCUGGAGACCGGGGCAGCACAUUCGAACAUGCGUUCCAAGAUUGGGGCUUCUUGAGUUCCACCCGUUUACGCCAGCAACCUGCUACUUUCCUACGACUUCGGUGUCUAAGAAAGCCGGCCAGCAAGAUUUUGAGGCGGAAGCUGAUAUAGACGACAAUGAUGACUUAGACAUGGACUCCCGCGUUUUGGACCUCUUCGUCCUGUCUCAUCGACGCUUCACCCGCAGACUGAUCGCCACUGCUCAAGAAGGCGUCCAUCGCACUGCAAUCAUUGACGGGCCCUUCGGUGCUCCGCCAUCCUGGACCAACUACGAGAAGGUCUGCCUCAUAGCCUCCUCGACGGGCGUCUCCUUCACGCUUUCAAUCAUGGACCACCUCGCAAGAGCGGCCGUGGCCAAACGGCCAUCUUCCAGAACCCUGCAACUGAAGCAAAUCGACUUUAUUUGGGUCACACGACACUUUUGCGCCGGCUUUGACGAGGCUGUCACAGCCCUGCUGAAGACGCAUGCAGCCAAACUUCGAGAAACUGGUGUCGAAAUCAGUAUCCAGAUCUUUGUAACGUCUCCAUAUUCCAUAAGUCAAGGGAUGGAAGAGAGCGGACUGUGCCCUAUGGAUACUGCUGGGGGAGCGUCGGCGACCUCAAGUCUGCAUGGUGAGGAUCAUGAGGAGGUGGACAAUACAAAUCCUCUCGUGUCCGCGGAUGGAGAUGGAUUUGCUUUGACGGCUCUCUCCAUCCACAGAGACAUAAACGUUGCAGACGAAUCGAUGACGCCGAUGGAUGUGGAUACUUUUGCGGCGGCGGAGCGGCCUCUUAUGCAGUCACAUCGCGCCCAAAAAAAUCACCUAGACGAUACAAUUCAGCGCUUCUACGGACAACGUCCAAACGUCUCUUCAAUUCUAGACACUGUCUUGCCGGCAACGCACGAAAUCUCGCAGAUUGUCGGUGUCUGUGCCAAUAUUGGGAUGGCAAGCGAGAUUGGUAACGCCGUCGCGAAAAUGAAUAUCGCUUUUGCUUUUGGUAGGAGAGCUAGAGGCGUCGAAUUGUUCAGCGAAGCAUUUACAUAG